AUGCUCCCCGCCCCGCGCGCGCACAAUGUUGCGGCGCCGCCAAAGGCUUCGGCUUCGGGCUGGGCGGACGAUCUCGACGACGAUGAUGGGUGGCAGGAUAUGCCGGUCGUCCGCUCCGACGACUUUACAUCCGAACUAGACGCCAUCGAUGACAAGCGAUAUGGUUUCCGCCCACCAGCGCGACUUGACGUUGACGAGAAGGAGGCGGCGGCCAUGUCGAAUGCGACCGGCGUGCGCCUCGAGCUCGAGCCUGACAUGCUCACGACCGACUCGUGGCGUGAAAAGGCCGACGUCGACGAGGGCGAGUACACACGCCUCCGGCUGAACGAGGACAACGAGAGUGAAGACGUUCACAUGCGCACACGCUACCUCUUUGACGAGGACAAGGCGAUGACGCCACUCAGCCAGAUGCAGGCGACCAAGGAGCUGCUGACGGAGGGGCAGCGGAUUGCGUACGUCGGCCUGUGCCAGCUCAUUGCGCGGCGCAUGGUGCGCGACAUGGGCCGCGGGUGGGAUGGGACUAAGGAGAAGGCGCGCCAGGCCAAGAUGUGGAAGGGGAAGGGGCGGCCGCACGACGUGGCCGCCGUUGAGAGUGGGAAUAUCUGGAUGCUCAAGAUCAUGGCGCGGCUAUACCAGCACAUGGAGCUGAGCCCCGAUGAGCAGCGCAUGAUCGAGAGCCUCGCCGAGCACGGUGUCGACCCCGCCGACCUCGUGCCGGCGCUGAUGGCUACGCACACGGUCAAGAACCCCGAGUUCGACCCCGAGGCCAAGCGUCGUGCAGACCUGAAGAUCGAGGAAGAGCACCUAGAUUCUGUGCCGGAGGAGGAGGAUGACCCCGCCCCGCCAUACGAGGAAGCGGUAAAGACACCGCCCGCGCACGAGCCGGCAUCCCGCAAGCCCCUCGCGUCCCCACCGCAGCAACCACCUGCCUCCACCUCGACAAUACGGGCCAUGCCCUCACUCUUCGAUGACGACGAGGCAGAGCCAUCACAGACAACACUGCCACCACCACGCAGCUCGUCGUUGCGGCCCAUGCCGAGCCUCUUUGAUGAUGACGGGGACAUGGGGUCGUCUUCAUCGCCAACGCCCCGACCAGCUGAGGACGACGACGGAGACAUCGCAGGCGGCCUGCGCCCAGCGUCGUCAUCGCCACGCCGUUCGUAUGACAGCCCUGGACUGUUGGAAGCACGACGCUCGUCUGAUGGGCGACGCUCGUCUGAAGGGCGCCGCUCGUCGGAGGGCCGGAGGUCGGCGGACAGUCGGAGAUCGUCUGGGAGCCGCUCGUCAGGCGAGCGGAGGAGAUCUGGGGAUGCAGCAACAGAGGUCCCCCCCGGAUCCCCACCCAAGCCCGUCGAGACCACGCCCAGGCCCGAGCAGGCCGCACUAGACGGCGGCGAGGACUUCCAAGCCAUGCCUGCGCUGCCGGGCGUGUCCACGUCCUUGACUGCUGCAGACGAGACGGUCACCUUGGAUAUUCGAUGGACCGUUCUCUGUGACCUCUUUCUCGUUCUCAUCGCCGACUCGAUGUACGACUCGCGCUCGCGCGCUUUCCUCGAGCGCGUAGCCAACUCCCUAGGCUUCGUGUGGCUAGACAUUGUGCGCUUCGAGAACCGUGUGACGGACGCGCUUGAGAUCGAGGAGAGCGUUUCGCAGCUGGAGCAUGGCGACGUGAUCGAGAGCCGGAAGAAGAGAGGCAAGACACGCCGAUACGCACUCAUGGGCGCUGCUGCGGCUGGCGGCGCGCUCGUCAUCGGUCUCUCGGCCGGUCUCCUCGCACCUGUCAUCGGUGCUGGGCUCGGCGCGGCUCUCGGUGUCGUCGGCAUCAGCGGUACGGCGGGCUUCCUCACAGGCGUCGGCGGCAUCACCAUGAUCACGACUACGGGUGUGCUUACUGGCGCGAACAUUGCCGGUAGAGGUAUGGCAAAGCGUACUCGCGAGGUGAGAACGUUCAUCCUGAAGCCGCUGCACAACAACAAACGCGUGUCCUGCUACAUCACCGUGGGCGGUUUCAUGGCGGGCAGGGGGGACGACGUGCGCCUCCCGUUCUCCGUCCUCGACCAGAUUGUCGGUGACGUCUUCUCGGUACUGUGGGAGCCUGAGAUGAUGGCCGAGAUGGGUAACGCCAUCGCGAUCAUCUCGAACGAAGUCCUGUCGUCCGUUGGGCAGCAGAUCCUGGCCGCCACCAUUGCAGGUGUUCUGAUGAGCGCGCUGCAGUGGCCAGUGUUGCUUGCCAAGCUCGGUUACCUCAUCGACAACCCCUGGUCCAAUGCGAUGGACCGCGCUAAGGCCGCAGGCCUCGUGCUCGCCGAUGUGCUCAUCGAGCGCCACGUUGGUGUCCGCCCAACCUCGCUCAUCGGCUUCUCCCUUGGCGCACGUAUGAUCUUCUACGCGCUCCUCGAGCUCGCACGCCGCGGCGCGUAUGGCAUCGUUCAGGACGUGUACCUCUUCGGCGCGACCAUGACGGCGAACCGGCAGACGUGGCUUGACGCGCGCAGCGUCGUGGGUGGGAGAUUUGUCAACGGCUUCUCAACCAACGACUGGAUGCUCGGGUACCUUCUGCGUGCUGCCACUGGUGGCCUACAGACUGUCGCCGGUCUGCGACCCGUCGAGACCGUGCCGGGGCUCGAGAAUGUCGAGGUCACCGACCUUAUUCACGGCCACAUGAGCUACCGCACUGUGAUGCCGCAGCUGCUCGCGCGUGUCGGCUUCCCCGUCACAGCCGAGUACUUUGACGAGCCUGACGACCCAGACCUCGAUCCGGACAUCCAGGAGAGGUACAUUGUGCAUGGCGAAGAGGAGGAGCCACAGAAGCAGAAGAAGAUCCUUGGUAUCUUCCCGCGCAAGAGCAAGGGGAGCCGAACCAACUCUGGCGUGAGUACGCCCGUGCGCAGGUCGGGCGACACUGGGGCCGUUCCUGCGACACCGGCACAGGACGACGACGACCUCCCUCCCCGUGAAGACGGCCCUCCGAAUGAGGGCCACCCACCACGCGAGGAAGAAGCCGAUAUCGGGGAGAGGCCGCGUGUCUCCCACGAACCAAGGGCCUCGGACGACUCCCACAGAGUCUCGUCAGACGUACCUCAGACGUCGUCACUUGACCCUGCAGACGAGGAGGCAGCGGUCCACCACAUCCCCAAGACGGCCGGAUUUGACUUUGCUGCGAUCGGCAAGGUGCUCGGUAAGGACCUGGAUGUGACGAAGAUUGAACACCAUCCCGCACCUCCACCAGAGGCGCGGCCCACGUCACCCUUCAAGGCGCCAGAACGCACCGAGUCUGCUCCGCCGCACGCUGUGUCCCCCACCCCCGCCGACCUCACCAGCCCACUGAGGAGCCAGACCGCCAUCAGCUUCCACGGCCUGGCAGUCGAGGACGACGGUGACAUUGCGAUUAUGGCGCAGAAGCAGGCAGCCGAGCAGGCGAGUGCGAGUGCGAGUCUCGAGAUGCCGAGCUGGGACCGGCCUGCGUGGCCCGUCGAGGAGAAGAAGAAGGCGCCGUCCAUCUUCGGCUUCAAUGCAUGGGCGCCUACCCAAAGCGGAAGCGGCUCGUACAACGAGGUGGGAAUGCGUGCAGCACCUCCGGCUCGCCCACACCCACCCGAGCUAAUGGCCAACCCAUUCGCCAAUCCAUUUGCGUCAAAUGGCGAGAGCUCAAGCUCGGUAGGGACUGGACGUUCGCCUCCCAAGCGGCUGGAGAUGGCGCUCGAGAACCCCUGGUAG